AUGCCCGCAGACGGCGUCUACUUCUCCCCCACGGGGAAAAAGACCUUCAUCCCCCUCGAGAACAACCCGGACGUCUUCACCUCCCUCAUCCACGACCUCGGCAUCUCACCGUCGCUCGGCUUUUUCGACGUCUACAGCCUCGACGAGCCGGCCCUUCUGGCACUCGUCCCGCGGCCCGCGUUGGCGCUCAUCUUCAUCGCUCCGGCGCCCAUGUACUACAGCGUCCGCGCCGCCGACGGCACGCGGACCGCGACUGAGGACGGCAUCACCUACAAGGGGGCCGGGCCGCAGGAGCCCGUGACGUGGUUCCGGCAGACCAUCGGCCACGCGUGCGGGCUGUACGCGCUCUUGCACGCCGUCGGCAGCGGGGAGGCGCGCGAGUUCGUGACGGAAGGGUCGUUGAUGGAUCGGCUGCUGAAGGAGGCGGAGCCGUUGGGGUGGGAGGCGAGGGCGGAUGUGUUGUACCGGAGCCAGGAGCUUGAGGAGGCGCACAUGAAGGCCGCGCGGAGGGGGGACACGGCGGCGCCCUCUGCGGAGGAGCAUGUGGGUUAUCACUUUAUCGCGUUUGUCAAGGGCCGGGACGGGCACCUGUGGGAGUUAGAGGGCGGUUCGGACGGGCCUGUGGACCGGGGGUUGUUGGAGGAAGGGGAGGAUAUGCUGAGCGAGAGGGCGCUGGAGAGGGGCGUUAGGAAGUUUCUGGGCUACGCGGACGGGAACUUGGAGUUUAGCAUUAUUGCGCUGGCGAAGACGGAUGUUGUAAUGAUUAUGGUCAUAGAAGUUGUCCCUUCUCAUCACGGCAACAUGUCCCAUUGUUGUACUUCGACAUACAACCACUCACCAACAUUGACCGAGAUUCACUACUUGACCGAACUCACACCGUCCACCUUACACACCGAGAGCUUGGGUACCGAAGUACCAAGGGAAACCUACCUUACACCAAAACAAGAGCGGGGCAGCUGCCGCUCAGCCUUGAACCCCUCCAUCCGCACGGUCCAGCUUCUGGCCCCGCCUGUCCAAUCAGCACCCGGUGCCGCUCCAACCAUCGAAACAGCUAGAAGCCCGGAAAUCAAUAUGGCUUCCGCAGACGAGCUCAAGGCUCUCGGCAACAAGGCCAUUGCCGAAAAGAACUUUGACGAGGCCGUCGCCAAGUUCACCGAGGCCAUCGAGCUCCAGCCUGAAAACCACAUCCUCUACAGCAACCGCUCCGCCGCCUACGCUUCCAAGAAGGACUGGCAACACGCUCUGGAAGAUGCCAAGAAGACGACCGAGCUCAAGCCCGACUGGGCCAAGGGCUGGGGACGCCUGGGAACAGCGCAGUAUGGUCUCGGCGACCUGCUCGCCGCAAACGACGCCUACGAGGAGGGACUCAAGGUCGACCCUAACAACGCCGGGUUGAAGAAGGAUCUCGCCGCCACCCAGAAGGCGAUGAAGGCAGAGGCCGGUGGCGACGCCGGCGAUCCGACCGGUGGCCUCGGCAACAUGUUCAGUGACCCCCAACUCCUCCAGAAGCUCGCCGCGAACCCCAAGACGGCCGGCUUCCUCGCAGACCCCACCUUCAUGGCCAGGCUUCAGCAGAUGAAGGAGAACCCCAAGGGCUCGCCCGAUCUGUUCACCGACCCCCGCAUGCUCCAGGUCCUCGGUGUCUUGAUGGGCGUUGACAUGCAGAUGGGCAUGCCCGACGACGUCUCCCCGGAUGCCGAGAUGCGCGACGCCCCUCCCCCUCCCGAGUCGAAGCCCGCGCCUAAGAAGGCCCCGACCCCCGAGCCCGUGCCCGAGCCCGAAGAAGAGCUUGACGAGGAGGCUCUGGAGAAGAAGAAGGCCAAGGAGGCGGCCGACAAGGAGAAGGCGCUGGGCACCGAGAACUACAAGAAGCGCAACUUCGACGAGGCCAUCGCGCACUACACCAAGGCCUGGGAGCUGCACAAGGACAUCACCUACCUCAACAACCUCGGCGCCGCCUACUUUGAGAAGGGCGACUACGAGAAGGCCAUCGAGACGUGCACCAAGGCCGUCGAGGAGGGCCGCGAGAUCUACGCCGAUUUCAAGCUGAUCGCCAAGUCGUACGCCCGCAUUGGCACCGCCUACGAGAAGCUUGGCAACCUCGAGCUCGCCGUCGAGAACUACAAGAAGUCUCUGACGGAGCACCGCACCCCCGAGGUCAACGCCAAGCUGCGCGCGGCUGAGCGCAACAAGAUUGAGCAGGCGCGCCUCGCCUACCUCGACCCGGCCAAGGCCGAGGAGGCCCGGGAGGAGGGCAACAAGAAGUUCAAGGAGAGCGACUGGCCCGGCGCCGUCGCGGCGUACACGGAGAUGAUCAAGCGCGCGCCCGAAGACCCCCGAGGCUACAGCAACCGCGCGGCGGCGUUUGUCAAGCUGCUCGAGUUCCCCAGCGCCGUCGAGGACUGCAACACGGCCAUCAAGAAGGACCCGACCUUCAUCCGCGCCUACAUCCGCAAGGCGCAGGCCUUCCACGGCAUGCGCGAAUACUCCAAGUCGGUCGACGCCUGCACCGAAGCGGCCAAGGUCGACCAGGAGCACCACAAGGGCGCCAACGCCCGCGAGAUUGAGCAGCAGCAGCAGAAGGCCUUCAACGCCAUGUAUGCGGCUCGCGAGAACGAGUCGGAGGAGCAGACCAAGGAGCGCCUGGCCCGCGACCCCGAGAUCAUGAGCAUCAUGAACGACCCCAUCAUGCAGUCGAUCCUCCAGCAGGCGCAGUCGGACCCGGCGGCGCUGACGGAGCACAUGAAGAACGCCGACAUCAAGGCAAAGGUGCAGAAGCUGAUAGCGGCGGGAGUUAUCCGUGUCGGACGAAUGGACUCACCCAUGAAAGAAGCAUACGUCCAACUCAUCGAGGUUAUCGCGACAGACACGUCGGAUCCAACCGCGACAGAAGCCCACGUCCGCCAGCUCAUCACCUCCCUCCCCUCGGUCCUCCGCUCCCGCGACGAAGAUGAGCGCACAGCAUUACACCACGCAGCCCGCCUCGGCCGCGACGCCAUCGUCAACGCCAUACUCGAGACGAACCCCAAGUGCGACAUCGACGUCCAGGAUGCCGACAAGUGCACGCCGCUCCACCUCGCCGCGCGCAACGGCCACGCGGACGUGGUCGGCACUCUCCUUCGUCAUGGCGCCGAUGUCAGGGCCGAGGAGAGCUUCCGUGAGACGCCGCUGCACGAGGCGAGCCGAAAUGGGCACGCGGGCAUCGUGGGCGUGCUGAUUGAGAACGGAGCCGUCGUCGACGCGCCGAACCAGGACCUGGGGACGAGCCUGCACAUCGCAAGCCGCCGGGGCUGCGAGGACGCCAUCCGCGUGCUGCUCGACGCCGGCGCGAACCCGGCGACCAAGGACGCCGUCGGGGACACGCCGCUGCACGACGCCGCGCGGGGCGGGCACGAGGGCGUUGUGGCCAUGCUUCUCGCGACAGGGCUGGUGUCCAUCGAGGCGCAGAACGCCAACGACUUCACGCCGCUGAGCGUCGCGGCGCGCCACGGACGCGAGGCCAUCGUGAGGAUGCUGGUCGAGCAGGGUGCCGACGUCGAUACCAUGAGCAACGAAUACUGCACCCCCUUGCACCAGGCAGCGUCUGAGGGCCACGAUGGCGUCGUGCGGAUCCUCAUCGCCGCCGGCGCCGACGUGGACCUGCAGGACAAGGACGACCAGACACCGCUGCACGCGGGGGUCAUGUUCGAGCACGAGGCCGUCGUGGCGUCGCUGCUGGCGGCCGACGCGGACGUCGACGUGCGCGACACGGAGGACUGCACGCCGCUGCACCACGCCGUCAAGAACGAGAACAAGGCCAUGGUGCGCGACCUGCUCGAGGCCGGCGCCGACCCGACCGUCAUCUCGUCGACAGGCGAGACGCCACAGAGCCUCGCGAGGCUGCUGAGCCGCGGAGGCUCCAUCGUCGACCUGUUCAACUCGCCGCAGGUCGUUCCGAAGCAGGGCGUCGCGGCGUGGAACCAGCGGCCCAAGAGGGCGCGGCCGCCGUCGAAGCCCAACCAGGAGGCCGAGGUCGAGGCAUGCCGCCACUUCCAGGGCCUGUUCUGGUCCCCGACGAGCGAGUGCAGUUUCGAGAGCAUGAGCGUGUGGGACAUGCUGUACGACCCCGACACGGAGGACAAGCUCAGCCCGCGGCCGCCACCGGCGGCCGAGACCCCGGUCAAGAGCCCCGUGGGGAGCCCGACGAGGAGCCCAGCGAGGAGCCCCGUGCGGUCGAGGGCGCAUUCGAGAGCCGUCAGCCCGACGAGGAGCCCAGGGAUGUCGCCGGCCCGCACCCCCACCGCGUACUCGCCGCCUCAGUCGCCCCUACUCCAGCCGCCGUCAGGGGAUGGAGGGGGCGGCAGUCCGUCGGCAGCUCCGGCGGGGCUGAGCAUGAAGGAGAUGCGGAAGCACGUCAGCCAGAAGCGGCGCAAGAUCUCGUACGCGUCGCGGAGCAGGGACGAGAAACCGGUCAAGAGGUGGUUUCACCUCCCAGCGAACAACGUGGCGUGGGUGAUGGACCUCGUGCAGAGGAUCUGCGCGAUGGACCACCGGACGGACGCCGAGUGCGACCGGAUCAUUGCGUUUAUCGAGGAGACGUACCAUGAGAUCCGGAUCAACGCGCCGUAUCGGAAGCCACAUUUCAAGAUGGAGGCUGCGGCAGCGGCGGCGGCGGCGGCGGCGGCGGAAGGUGGUAGCGGAGGUGCGCCGAAUAUGGGGCCCAGUCCGGGACCCACACCCGGAGGAGGGGUCCCGGGCACACCGCCGGCGGUUCUGUCUCCGACGCCCGCGCCGCCCAAGUCGCAGAUGUUCUCCAUUGUUCUGCCCGUAAUCGACGUCGAUAUCGACGAGGGCACGAAGAGGAGUCUGCAGGACGUGCAGAUCGGAGACGAGGCGCGCGUGACUCCCUCUCGGCCGACGAUCGGGACCGAAGGCGGCGGCGGCGGCGGCGGAGGAGGGAACAGCGAAGGCAGGAGGGGGACGGCACGGCCGGCCGCGCCGGCCUCGGCGAACAAGCCCAGGCACCCGCUCGGCGCGAUGCCGACGAACCUCCAGCACCAUCUUUUCCCGCACCUGGCGCACUUUGACGCGAUGGCGAAGCUGCGCGCGAGCUUCACCAAGUCGGAGCUGCACGUGCCGCGGUCGCUGGACCAGUCGUACCACGAGUCCCUCAACGCCGCGGACCUGGCUCUGCGCAGCGAGAGCCAGGUCUUGUUCCGCUACCUGAGCCGCGUGGAGGCGCGUCUCACGGUGGCGGCAGCGGCGACCACGAUGAGGUCCGAUGCGGACGCGGCGGAGACGGAGGACGGGGGCGCGAGCCGGAGCCGGGCAAUGACGAUGACGACGACGACACAGCAGCCGCAUCAGCAGCAUCGGCAGCAGAAACGGCAGCAGAACCCGUUCGACAGGCACGUGCAGCGGACGCUGUCGCGGCAGAGCAGCUCGAAGCAGAAGAAGACGGACGGGACCAAGGCGGAGCUGGGGAGGAUGGCGGGGCGGCAGGACCAGGCGAGCAGCGUGCAGGCCAAGGUGUCACGCGAGAGGAGGCGGAUGGACCGGGAGCGGCGGAAGCAGAUCUUGGUCGUCGCGCAGCUUUGGGUGUGGAAGAUUGACGAGAACACGGUCAUCAGCGCGUUCCCCGACCGAUGGGACGACAAGAACGCCAAGACGCUGCUCAACGGCAUCAAGCACCGCGUGUUGGGGAUGCGGGACAUACGGUCCGAGACGACGGACAUGAUGCGCAUCGUCGAGGCCGUCCUCGAGAGCGCCGUCGGUCACAGCGAGGAGGAGUUCCACUUCCAGUUCGAGGGGCCGCGGAGCUACUGCAACGUCUUUGCGGCGUCCAUCGCUCAUGUUGUAAGUAGACUUCCCCUCCCCCUCCCCCUUCGAGCGAGUGUUCGAUAUUCAGGAGACAGAUCAGUCACACCGGAGAAGAUUGUUGCGGAUUUCUGUUUAAGCCAAGCGCUGACUUCGCCCACAUUACAGUCCAACGAGGUGAUGAAGCGGUACGCCAACUUCAAGGCCUCCAUCAGCAAGAUGGGCACGUCCAAGACGGUGCUGGACGACCUGCGGGCCGAGAUCGAGCUGCUGCAGGAGAUUGACGACGUGCGCGAGGAGAUCAACAUGAUCAAGCGGGUGCUCCGGUCGCAGGAGCGCGUGUUCGACGGGUUCCGCGAGGCCGAGGCGGGCCGCCGGCUCACGACCGGGGCGGCGACGGCGGCGACGGCGGCGGCUAUGACGGAGAGGCAGGGGGCCGUCAAGGCGUAUAAGCACCCGACGCUAGAUUUCUUCAAGAGGUUGGAGGAGGACGCGAACCGCGUCCGGGACUCGGGAUUCUUCAAGACAGCGUAUCACGACCUUGUUGGACUUGAGGCAGCGGGAGGCCAAUAUCGAGGAAGCGCUCUCGGCGAGCGAGCAGUCCAAGAUCCUUUUCAUUUUUACGGGGGCCACCGUCGUUUUUGCGCCGCUGUCUUGGGCUACUGGAAUCUUCCAGAUCGACGUCGUCGGCCUGGCCCAGCCAGCCACGGCCGGGACGCUGCUCCUUGCAUGCUUCCUCAGCCUGGUGGCGACGCUGCUGCUCAUCGCGCUCUCGCUGCAGAUAUACGAGUUCAUCACGCAGGGAAAGGCCACGCAGCUCUACCGGCGCGUCUUGGGCUUCUUCGCCGUGAGGAAGAGGGCGAGGCUGUCGGCCCGGGAGCGAGGCCAGUCGUCGCCGCCGCCGUCGCUCGGGGCGUCGACGCAGCUGAGCCUGCUGAGGCGGUCAUCCGUGUCGCAACCCGUGGCGAGCACGGCGGCCGAUGA